AUGCGCGGGCUGACCGUCUUCAUCUCGGACCUCCGCAACUGCUCCUCCAAGGAGCAGGAGGAGAAGCGGGUCGAGAAGGAGAUGGCGCACAUCCGCUCCAAGUUCACGUCCGACUCCAACAUGAACGGGUACAACCGCAAAAAGUACGUGUGGAAGAUUCUGUACAUGUACAUGCUCGGGUAUGAGGUCGACUUCGGCCACAUGGAGGCCGUCAACCUCCUCUCCUCCCAAAAAUACUCUGAGAAGAGUGUCGGGUACGCGUGGUGCGCGCUGAUGCUGCGCGAGGGGGACGAGCUGCUGCGGCUAAUCAUCAACUCGAUCCGGGUGGACCUGAUCUCGCGGAACGACAACGCGGUCUGCCUCGCGCUCAACUCCAUCUGCAACGUCGGAGGCAAGGAGUUCGCCGAGACCCUCUCCAACGACGUGCUCAAGCUGCUGACGCACAACAUCACUAAGACGUACGUCCGGAAGAAGGCGGCGCUGACGGCGCUGCGGCUCUUCCGAAAGUCGAACGACACGCUGCCGGCGGAGCAGUGGGCGGACCGGAUUCUCGCCCUCCUCGACGAGAAGAACAUCGGCGUCCUCACCUCGGUCACCUCCCUCGUCCUUGGCGUCCUGGCGGUCGACUCGGCCGGCUGGGAGGCGGCGGCACCAAAGGCGGCGCGCACGCUGACGCGGCUCGUGCUCAACAAGGACUACUCGAACGACUACCUGUACUACGGCAUCCCCACCCCGUGGCUCCAGAUCAAGCUCCUCAAGGUGCUGCAGCACUUCCCGCCCCCCGAGGAGCACGCUCUCAAGCUGCGCGUCUCGGAGGUGCUGCAGCGCAUCGUCUCCGGCACCGAGGUGACCAAGAACGUCAACAAGAACAACGCGACGCACGCGGUGCUCUUCGAGGCGAUCAACCUCUCCAUCCACCUCGGGCAGUCGUCCGAGACGCUGCCGCAGUGCAUCAACUUGCUCGGUCGCUUCAUCUCGAUCCGCGAGGCAAACAUCCGCUACCUCGGGCUCGACACGAUGGCGCGCCUCAGCCAGGAGCAGCCGCACACGCUCGACGACCUGAAGAAGCACCAGUCGACGAUCCUCUUCUCGCUCAAGGACCCGGACAUCUCGAUCCGCCGCCGCGCGCUCGACCUCGUGUACGCGAUGUGCGACACCGCCACCGUCAAGGAGACGGUGAGCGAGCUGCUCAACUACCUUGACAACGCGGACGACCACAUCAAGGAGGAGCUCGUCCUCAAGAUUGCCAUCCUGUCGGAGCGGUUCGCGUCGGACAACUCGUGGUACGUGGACGUGGUGCUGCAGCUCGUCCGCUCGGCGGGCGACCAGGUGGCGGACGAGGUCUGGUACCGCAUCGUCCAAAUCGUCACCAACCAAGGCGAGGACCUGCAGCGCUACGCCGCGCAGGGCGUCUGGACCAUCCUGAACGCCGAGGUGCUGCCGCACAAGAACCUGGUCAAGGUGGCCGGCUACGUGCUCGGCGAGUUCGGGCACACCAUCGCGGAGUCGCCCGGCUCCUCGCCCUCGGAGCAGAUCACGCUGCUGCACAAGCACUUCCGCAACGCCGACCCGGACGUGCGCGCGCUGCUGCUCAACACGUACGUCAAGAUCGCGCACACCUACGCCGAGGUGGCGCAGAUGGUGUCCGAGGUGAUGCAGCAGCACUCAGCCGCGAUGGACCAGGAGGUGCAGCAGCGCGCCGCCGAGUACAUCUCGCUCUCCGCCCCGUCGCUCGCCUCGAUCAAGGGCACCGUGCUCGAGAUGAUGCCGCACUUCACCGAGCGCGAGUCCAUCGUCUCCAAGGCGCUCGCCUCAAAGUCGAAGGGCGACGACCCGGAGGCGCCGACGAGGCGCGUCGAGCCGCGCGCAGAGGCUGCGCACGCCGAGGCGGCGCCGCCGCCGCCGCCACCCAGCCGCCAGGAGACCCCCGACCUGCUCGGCGGGCUUGCGGACGAGCCGGCGGCGCCCGCGCCGCCGCCGGGAGGAGGGGGCGGCGCCGGCUCGGCCGCCGACCUGCUCGGGGGGCUCGACCUCGGCGGCGGGGGCGGGGCGGCGCCGCCGCCGGCCGCGCCGUCGAGCGGGGCCGACGACUUGCUCGGCCUGAUGGGCGGUGGCGGCGGCGGGGCGGCGCCGUCGGGCGGAGGCGGCGGCGACUUGCUCGACGCGCUCGGCGGCGGCGCGCCCGCCGCGCCCGCCGGGGGGGCGGCGGCGGGCGGCGGCCCGUCGCCGCAGUGGCUGGCGCUGUGCAUGCGCAACGACGGCGUGCUGUUCGAGGACGCGACGCUGCAGAUCGGCGUCAAGAUGGAGUUCAACGGCCACCAGGGCCGGAUGGCGCUCUUCUUCGGGAACAAGGGGCAGUUCCCGCUGCAGCAGCUGGCGACGGUCCUCUCGCCCUGCCCCCAGCUUGCGAUCCAGGUCUCGCCGCUGCCGUCGACGCUGCAGCCGCGGCAGCAGCUCUCGCAAAACUUCCUGAUCGAGUGCAACGCGCCGUUUGGCGACGGGCCGCAGGUCAAGGUGAGCUUCAUGGGCGGCUCGGGGCCGGCGCAGAUUGUCGCCAGGCUGCCUCUCAACCCGAGCAAGUUCUUUGCGCCGCUCGUGACCGACGGAGGCGACUUUUUCCGCCGCUGGAAGCUGUUCGAGGGCAAGGAGCUGCAGAAGAUCUUCAAGCUCAAGACGGCGCCCCUCGCGGAGCCCGAGGUGGAGCGCGUCUGCGCGGGCGGGAUGAAGAUGGCGGUGCUGCGCGGCGUCGACCCGAACACGGCAAACUACGUGGUCGCCGGGUGGAUGGCCGUCAAGGGCGGCGCGCCGCAGAGCGACACGGCGUCGGUGCUCAUGCGGCUCGAGGUCAACGCAGCAGCAGGCAUGUGUCGUGCGUCGGUGCGCGCCAGCGACGCCGGCCUCGCCACGGCGGUGGCCCAGAUCGUGCAGAGCCACCUCGCGGCGCCGUGAUGCAGUCACGCGCUCGCGGGCCAAAACCUCGCCCUACUGUGACUGGCCGCGAGGCCGGAAUGUCGGCGGCGCGCGCCGCGCGCCCGACACGAGGACACAUGGUCGCGCUCGUUUUGUACGGUGUGUCGCUAGGGGGCAGUCGUUGCCCCGGGGGGAUUGAGGCAGGGGAUGGGACGGGCGGCGGCGGUAUAAGAGAGAGCGCGCGGAGGUUGAGGGAGAGUUUAAGAGAGGUAGAGAGACGGGGUUGAGGGGAGAGAGAGAGUGCAGGGCGUGGAGAGCAUCGCUCGUCUCAUAAAAUCGCAUUCUAGAGCUA